AUGGACGUGUCAAAUAUGAAUGACAUGAGCAUGACUAGUUCUGAUACAACUGUAAUGUCGAGUAUUUCACCCAUGACAGAUAUGGAUAUGCAACAUACAAGUGGGAUGUCUCAUAUGACAACUGCCUCGUCAACAGUUGCAUCUUCCACAAUGGCAGGAAUGGCAACUAUGCUGGCAUCUUCUAGCAGUGCAAUACCUUCUGGUGACAGUAGUAUGUCGGGUAUGGACAUGUCAGGAAGCGACAGUUCUGAUGGAACAAUGUCCAUGACAAUGUUCAUGUCCACAAAAUAUGACAAUGUUCCAGUGUUUUUCAGAUCCUUACAUGCACAAACAGGAGCAGCAGCAUUUGGUAUCUUUUGUGUCCUUUUCUUUUGUUCUUUCUUUUUCAGAGCUUUGGUUUUCUUAAGUGCAUACUUGGAGCAGUGUGUAUUUCAUAAUUAUUCUAAUACCAUUAUAAUGGAAGAUGAUUGUGAAUGUGGUGAGUCCGAAACGGAGGUAAAGGGUACUCCUCCACCCCCACAAAAUCCACCGGUCCCACCAUUUGGUGUUAUUAUCAAGAAGAUGCUAUGGAUGGGUCCAAAUGAAUUUUUCCGUGAUAUUGUUCGACUACUCAUUGCUUUCACAAUGGUGAUGUUCGGCUAUGGAAUUAUGCUUGCCGCAAUGAGUUUUGUACUAACUUACUUCUUUGCUAUCUGUCUUGGAUUGGCCUUUGCAGAAGUUUUCUUCAAUAGGCUAUCAAUGAUUUUGGGGGUCAACAAAGCGUUUGGUGCAUGUGCAGGUCUACAUUAA